UUAUGACAACAAGUCAGGGUGAUUCGUAUAUAAUAUUGCGGUUCAACUCGAUCAAUGAUGUAGAAACUACUGUACUCUUUUUUUUUUUAUAAACAAACUUGUGUGAACAACGAAGAACUCUAGGUGUCAGUUGUUACGAUGAAUGGCUUAUUUCAAAUAUUGAUUUUGUUAUGACCCAAUCAAGACUUUUUUAAUACUACUGAGUGCAACUAUAUUGUUUGUGGCCCAGCAUAAACUGUGGCUUAUCAGUAGCCUGCAAAUAUUGUAGAAUGGCAAAGUCCACACCCUGGGUUAUCAGCAGGCAGAGUUACGUAGGAGAAUGAGUAUCUGUGAAAGUCGUCUCAUUUGCUAAGGUCAACUCACUGUGAUCAGUAUGGCUUCAGUAAAAGCCACAAGCAUACAUGUGUCUGAUACACAAACUUGGGAGAAGAACAAGAAAUACACGGUCUACAAAGUGGUAGUUGUUACUGGAAGCAAAACAUGGUUUAUAUUUAGACGAUAUAAUGAAUUUCAUAAACUCUAUGAACAGCUGAAGAAAAAAUUCCCGGAAGCUGAGUUGAAGCUUCCAGGAAAGAAAUUGUUUGGCAACAAUUUUGACCCUGAGUUCAUUAGGACGAGGAGGACAGGACUGCAUGAUUUUGUACAGAAAAUUCUUGUACAUGACACUAUAUUACAACAUCCAGAAGUGAGAGCUUUUCUAUCACUUGAUGAUCCCAGGAAUAAAUGUGAGGAUACCGUUGAAGACGAAAACAACACAGAGUAUUACAGUGAUCCUAAAGACCCAAAUACAAUCAACCUCGGGCCGUCAGCUAACCCUGCGGCAAGACCCGGUGAUUUUGACUUCCUUAAAGUAGUUGGUAAAGGCAGCUUUGGAAAGGUGUUACUGGCAAAAAGGAAACAUGAUGAUAAAAUUUAUGCUGUCAAAGUUCUUCAAAAAGAAGCAAUCAAAAAAAGAAAUGAGGUGAAGCACAUCAUGGCCGAGAGGAACGUGUUGAUAAAGAAUGUGAAGCAUCCAUUUCUUGUUAACCUUCAUUACUCAUUCCAGACACUAGACAAGCUCUACUUUGUCCUUGAUUACGUUAAUGGCGGGGAGCUUUUCUUUCACCUUCAAAGAGAACGUUCUUUCACCGAGCCUAGGGCCAAGUUUUAUGCGGCAGAAAUGGCCAGUGCAAUAGGUUAUCUCCAUUCAUUGGACAUUAUAUAUAGAGAUCUUAAACCAGAGAACAUUCUUUUGGAUUCAUCUGGUCAUGUUUGUCUCACUGACUUUGGUCUUUGUAAAGAAGGAGUGGCAGCUAAGGGCACAACCUCUACAUUCUGUGGCACUCCAGAGUAUUUAGCUCCAGAAGUUUUAAAGAAACAAGCCUAUGAUAGGAGUGUUGACUGGUGGUGUCUUGGUGCUGUUCUGUAUGAAAUGCUGUCUGGACUGCCUCCAUUUUACAGUCGUGAUACAGCUGAAAUGUAUGACAAUAUAUUAAAUAAGCCACUGAGACUGAGGAGCAACUUUUCAGCAGCUGCUAAGAGCAUACUAGAGGGGCUGCUUCACAAGGACAGAAAAUUGCGGCUCGGUGCUGGGGAGCGAGAUGUUAAGGAUAUAAAAAACCAUGCAUUUUUUAUCAGUAUAUCAUGGGAAGAUUUGGAGAGUAGGAAAAUUAAACCACCAUACAAUCCAAACUUGAGCGGUGAUAUGGAUUUGAAGAAUAUUGAUCCUGAGUUUGUACGAGAAGAAGUGUCCCAGUCUGUUGGCAAAUCGUUAGAUAACAAUUUUAUCAGUGCCAGCGUUCAAGAGGCAGAUAACACCUUCUCAGGCUUCACAUAUGUACCUCCUGUCUCUUAUACACAUCUAGAUGUGUAUAAGAGACAGAUCUGGAACUUUUCACGUUCAUGGUGA